CCAGACACAGACGGUUCAGUCGGUUCUCAGCUCGUAGGAGUCCACGGAGGAUUUAAUUAUUAUUUUAUUCAACAGAGCAGAACAAGUGGACAAACUGGUCAGAUCCUGCAGAGACCGAGUCUCCUGAGAGCUGAGAGGCUGCUGACGCGCAAAGAAAGGCGGUCCAUCACAGAGUGGCAUCAUGAGUGAUCGCUUCGACUGCAAAAACUGUAACGAGUCCCUGUAUGGACGCAAAUACAUCCAGGUGGAGGACAAGCCGCACUGCAUCCCCUGCUACGACUGCCUCUACGCCAACACCUGCCAGGAAUGUAAAGAAAUCAUCAGUCACAAUGCCAAGGAGCUCUUCUAUGAGAACAGACAUUACCAUGAGCACUGCUUUCGGUGUUUCCGCUGUGAGCGCUCUCUGGCUGACGAGCCCUUCACCAGCCAGGACAACUCGCUGGUGUGCAGCAGCUGCUACUGCAGCGAGUUUUCUUCCAAGUGUGUGGCCUGCGACAAGACAGUCAUGCCAGGAUCGAGGAUGUUGGAGUACGAUGGCUCCACGUGGCACGAGGACUGCUUUGUGUGCCACGGCUGUGAGAAGCCGAUCGGUGCCGAGGCUUUCAUCCCAGACAACAACAACUACUAUUGUGUGCCAUGCUACGAGGGGAGAUUUGCUCCUCGGUGCAGCCACUGCAAAAAGGCUCUGACUAAAGGAGGGGUGACUUAUAAGGACGAAGUGUGGCACAAAGAGUGUUUUUUCUGCACGGGCUGUAAAGCUCCAUUGGCCGGUCAGCCCUUCACCUCACAGGGAGAAAGUCCGUACUGUGUGAAGUGCUUCAGCAACCUCUAUGCCAAAAAGUGUGCAGGCUGCAACACGGCCAUCACAGGGUUUGGAGAUGGAAGGUACGUUUCUUUCGAGGACCGGCAGUGGCACCAGCCAUGCUUCAAGUGUUCACGCUGCUCUGUGUCGCUGGUGGGCUCCGGCUUCUUCCCGGACCGUGACCAGAUUCUGUGCGCAGACUGCAACGAUGACGACUGACCACCACCAAUGACACCUUUGACACCUGCACCUGAAACAGCAAAAUAGCACACACUGCUGACAGCAGCAGAGAAACUCAGUAACCUCAGCUUUACACACGAACGCAGCAAUAUUAGUAAUGCACUCACAGUGUAAAGCUUAUUCAAUUCAGAACUCUUAUCAACCUUUAGUAGAAAUGUCCUGAGAUUUCUAUAUAGGACUUUUUAUUUAGUUUAUGUUUUGCACAUCAAAGAAUGGUUUUAAAAAAACAGAACAUACUGUAUAUGUAAACCUUUAAGUUAAGCUCUUUGUUUACUCAUUAAAAACACUUUAUAACUUUUUACCAUUUUAUAACUUUUUUUAAUGAACCAAACAUUUAAUGCUGUGACCUAUUGGCAAACAUGUUUCUACUUUCUAAAAAUAUUUCAGUUUAUAAAACUGUCUUCAUUCUUCUCCCCCUGCCUGCUGUAUUUAAAAUUAUUUGUUGAAUACUGUUGCUUAAAUCAACAUUCACUGGCGUCCAUUCAAUUAAAAUGUCCUAAAACAAAGGAUGGUGUAGCCUAUAAAUUCACUGAUAAAU